AUGUUCAUUAAGCAUUGGGUUUCUGUUUAUGGGGCUCCCAAAAGAUUAGUUAGUGAUAAUGGGGGUGAAUUUAACAAUCAUUUAGUAAGAGAUAUGUGUGAAAAUUUUGGCAUUGAAGUUAUAACAACUCCUGCAUAUAGUCCAUGGAGUAAUGGUACAUGUGAGAGACAUAACUUGAUAUUAACUGAAAUAUUAGUUAAGCUUAGGGAAAGCCAUGCCUAUGACUGGGAAAUAUCCCUCUGUUGGGCAGUUGCUGCCAAGAAUGCUUUAAAUAAUGUUAAUGGGUUUAGCCCAUACCAAAUAGUCUUUGGCAGAAAUCCCAAUUUGCCUUCUGCUUUUAGUGACAAGCUACCUGCACUUGAGGGGCAAACAACUUCUGAGAAUGUUGCUUCACACAUUAAUGCAAUGUAUGCUGCCAGAGAAGCAUUUGUUAAGGCUGAACGGUCUGAGAGAAUAAGGAGAGCAUUGCGUAAGAAUACCAGAAAUACUGAUGAGGUAUAUAAGUCUGGUAACAAAGUAUAUUAUAAAAGACCGGAUGAAACAAAAUGGAAGGGGCCUGGUGUUGUUAUUGGAGUAGAAGGGCCAGUUGUGUUUGUGAGACAUGGUGGGUCUCUAGUGAGAGUUCACAGAUGCAGGCUACAAAAAGUGUGUAGUGAUGAUAAAGUAGUUUCUAGUGGUAAUACUGAAGCUGGGAGUUCACCUUCAGUUGAUGAAGUUGAAAACACUUCAAAUGAUUCUUGCAAGUUGAAUAGUGACACAUCUGCAGAAACAGGGUCUGAGACAGAUAAAAGUGAGGGAUGCAGAAAGUCAUCUAGAGUAGUUAAAAAACCUGAUUGGUUAAAUGAUUAUGUUGAAGAUGUUGAUGAAGUCAUGCUUGUGAGUGAUAUUGAUGUGAACAAAGCAAAAAUGAGAGAAUUAGAAAGUUGGGGAGAGAAUGAGGUCUAUCACGAAGUGCCUUAUACAGGUCAAAAAUGUGUUUCAACUAGGUGGGUGUAUACCUUUAAGACAAUAAAUGAUUCUAUUGUUCCCAAAGCUAGGCUAGUUGCUCGGGGUUUUGAAGAAUAUGAUCAAACUAUUCAAAAAGACUCCCCCACUUGUGCACAUGAGUCACUUAGGUUGAUAAUUUCAGUUUUGGCCCAGAAUAAAUGGAAGCUUAAUUCUAUGGAUAUUAAAACUGCCUUCCUCCAAGGGCAAUCCAUAGACAGAGAUGUUUAUAUUAAACCUCCCAUUGAAGCCAAAGUUAAUUCGAAUACAGUUUGGAAGCUCAAUAAGUGUGUAUAUGGGUUAAGUGAUGCUUCUUUAAAUUGGUAUUGUAGGGUUAAAUCUCUGUUACUAGAAUUGGGAGCAUGUGUUUCUAAAGUUGACCCUGCUGUAUUUUAUUGGCUUGAUGAAAAUGGUGAUGUUUAUGGGAUGUUGGCAUGUCAUGUUGAUGAUUUUAUUUGGGGGGGUAAACCCGAAUUUGAAAAUGUCAUAAGUAGGAUAAGAUCUAUCUUAAGUGUUGGCAAAGAAAGCAAUAAAGCCUUCAAAUAUUGUGGUAUUGACUUGGAAUAUGGUGAAGAUGGUGUGAUAUAUCUUGAUCAGAUAGAUUAUACAGAUUUACUUAAACCUGUUGAAAUUACUGCUUCUAGAGCUCUUGAAAAAGAUAGUGAGUUGACGGAAUGUGAAAAACAUAGUGUGAGAUCCAAGGUGGGUCAACUGUUAUGGCUGGCUCAUCAAAGUCAGGGCACUUACUGUUUGAUGUGA